CACUUUCACUUCAAUGGAUCCUUCAUCGUCAGGCAUCCAGGAGCCAUUCGACCUCAUCAGAUUAUCUCUCAGCGAACGUGUUUUUGUAAAGUUACGGGGGGAUCGUGAGCUUACUGGCGUACUUCAUGCUUAUGAUGGCCAUAUGAAUCUCAUUCUGAGUGAUGUCGAAGAAACAAUCAUGAUCGUAGAGUCCAUCGAGGGAGCUCUGGAAGGACAGGGAACAGUCAAAGUGGCUAAGAGAAAAAUGGAGAUGUUGUUCGUUCGAGGAGAUGGCGUUAUAUUGGUGUCACCACCAUCGCGGACUUGAACCCUAGACAUGGGGUGGGCAUCAUAGAUCAGUGCUCUGCCAGUAUAUUUUUCGGCAGCAAUUCCCUUGCAUGUAACGUCGCACAUAUGUCCUUGUAAUCAUUGGAUGGUAAGAAGUAAAAAUGCAUUUAAU